AUGAAGCCUCUGAAGCUGUUCUGCAUAGGACUGUUGUUGUACCCCGUGGUUUGUCUCUUGUUAGAGGCAGCUACUCCUUCAGCUUUACUUACCUUUGAAGUGAAAGAAAAAGCAGGAGUGAAAUCCGGUGCAGUAAGUGUAUUUGCUAUUAGGAUGAAUGCUCCCGACUUCAAAAGACAAAAGAUUCAAGUCUCAGGACUCCAGAGAUCUUGGAUGAGCAAGUUUAAAAACCAUCUGUCAGAUUUCUUCAAGAGCUCCAUACCUCGAGCAGCCAUUUUUGCUUUUUUUGUCACCAUAGCAUUAAUGGGGAUCCUCUGCUGCCUCACUCCUUUUGUUCCCAUUCCUACUAAGGCCCCGGUGACAAACCAAAGUUGUAGUCUGUGGAAGUUCUUCCUGGAAAUCCAAAGAGUUUAUUGGGCUUACUUACAGAGCAUGGAGAUGCAGGCCGCACACCUCGUCAGGGCCCGCAGAGGCGUGGCAAAAGCAGAGCUUCCAAGCAGCCCUAAGCUACGCCUUCUCCAAUCGCUAAGCAUGAGAAAGGAGAAGGCGUGGGUGGGUUUAGAGGCGGACCAGGGCGGGGAAGUAGGCGGAGCCUGGGUACGACUCCACCAGGCCCUCCUGGCUCUGAGCCUGCAGGGUUGUGACUAG